AUGAGUCCCGAAUACCGAGACCAGAACGAACCCCGAGUAUCGGACCCGAAUCUUGCUCGGAAGAUUCGGUUUCGCUACAUGCCUAGUAAAGAAGCUGAUCCACAAAUGUCAGAAGCAAUCAGAUUACAAUAUUUGUUGACAAAAGUUAAGCCAACAUUGAAAUUGGAGGUCAGUAAGCAGUUCCCAGCAACACCAGCGGAUUUCUUGAAUUAUGGAAAACGACUAUUGUCCAUCCAAAAACAGAAUGAUAUAUGAAUGUUUUUGGAAUAACUUUUGAUAGUAAAAAGCUAAAGCGCUCCAAUUUUCACCAUUGGAAAGAGGAGACUUGGAGACAUGUUUUCAUCACCAAAAUUUUUCCCAGAAGAGCUUUCUAAAACAGGUUUUCUAGGGUCUUUGGAAAAUUAGCUUUCCAAUAGGAUUGUAUGUUUCAGAAAAUUUCAAAACAUUUCUCAAAUCCUAAAAAGUUUUGGUCUUUUAUUAAUAAAUUUCGUAAGGGUAAUUCCCCACAGCCAAAAUCUUUCAGUGAUGACAAUAACGUAACCUCAAUUUCUCUCUUGAUAGUGCAAAUAUGUCCAAUAAGUUCUUCUCCACAUGUUUCGCUCCUGCUGAUGUAACAUCAAAUUCUUCUCCACUUUCAGCUUUCUCUUGUAGCAGACAACACAAUCUGUCUCAUUUUACUUUUAUGCUUCAAGAUAUCCUGGAUGCUAUUUCUUCGUUGAAAAACACCCCAAGUGUAGGAGUGGAUAACAUAUAGUUAAAAAUUAUAAAAUUAUGCCAUCUGGUAAUAGCUAAACAUCUGCUUUAUAUUUUUCAGUUAUCUAUCAACACGGGUGUUUUUCUUACACCGUGGAAAGCUGCUAUUGUUCGCCCAGUACACAAGAAAGAUGAGGUAUCUAAAAUCAGUAAUUACCGUCCAAUUUCAUUAGUGCGCGUUCCCAGCAAGAUUUUUGAGAAGGUCAUACAUAAACGGCUUUUAGCUUUUCUUCUGGAUAAUCGUAUUUUAUGCUUCACUCAGUUUGGUUUUAGACCAUCGAGUUCGACUACUGAUGCUCUACUUUACGUAACAAAAUCAUUAUACGAUAACUUAAAUGAGAAGGGUCACUCUGUUGGCUUAAGUUUUGAUCUGUGCAAAGCCUUUGACAAGGUGUCACAUAGUACUCUAUUAAAAAAGCUAGAAUCUGUAGGAAUAAAUGGUCAACUGCAUAAAUGGUUCACCUUCUAUAUAGGUGAUCGAUUCCAGUGUGUUAAGAUCGACAAUGUUCUUUCAAACCUAAUUCAUGUGAGCUCUGGAGUACCGCAAGGUUCGAUACUCGGCUCUAUUUUAUUCUUGAUUUUUAUAAAUGAUCUUACAUCUGUCGCUUCCUCGGUAGCUGUAUAUAGCUUGUUUGCAGACGACCUAUAUGUUGUUUUACACUUUUCUCGCACUGAUCUGACUCUAG